AAGGUUUACCCAGGGGCUGACUGACCAUUUGGAAACUCGGGCACUGCCCGAGGGCCCAGGGUCAGUAGGGGGCCCCAUGAGAUGCCCCUGGUACCUUUUUUCAUAGGCUUUUUUGAGUUUGGGCAAGGGCACAGGGGCCCUAUGAUCCCCUAUUGCCCGGGGGCCCCAUGAGUUGUCAGUCCGCCCCUGGAUGUAAACAAUUGGGCGAAGCUAGCGGUGAUGUCACCGCUAGCUCUGCCCAAUUCUGCUGUGAUUGGCCAAAGCACUGCACCUGUCCUGUGAGCAGGUGCAUUGCUUUAGCCAAU